AUGUUCGGUACAAGUUCACGAAGUAACUCGACUUUGGACCAUGUCCAAAGGUUCUCAGCAUGGUCGCCUGCUGAUGUGUCUGUCAAAUACAAUGAUGUCAAAUACAACUUUACAAAAUCCGCACAAAAGUUUGUUGGAUAUGGUCCAGAAAUUGACACGGCUUGGAGAGAAAUCUCUUACGACGAAGUCGGUGACCAAUGGAUUCCAAAAUCUGAUCUGGCAAAAUUGGGCAUGCCAGAAUACUCUCUCAAAGUCGACCACCCUGUGACAGGUGAGGAGGGAUACCGUGUCGGCAUGGAAGUCUUUCAUCAUCUGCAUUGUCUCAAUCUACUCAGAAAAGUCACAUAUAAAGAGUACUAUGAGCCGUUGGGUGGAGAGUUUGCUGCUGGUCCUGAAGCUUUACAGCAUCAUACAGGUGAGCCCGCCUCCAUUGCCGACUGCGGUAACUAUUUCUAG